UUUUUGGACGUAAUAGUAAUAAUAAUAGUGGAAUUGUGGAAAAGAAAGUAGAGAGUGAAAAUGCAGGCAGCGAAAAAUGCAGCGGCGUCGGUGAAAGAAACGGCGGCAAAUGUGGCGGCAUCGGCCAAGGCCGGCAUGGACAAAACCAAAGCCACCAUGCAGGAGAAGGUGGAAAAAAUGAGUGCACACGACCCUGUAGAGAAGGAUAUGGCGGCGCAAAGGAAGGAAGAAAAGAUCGAACAGGCUGAGCUUAACAAGCUGGAGGCUCGUGAGCACAAUGCGGCCUCUAAACAAGCUGCUGCGGCCGGUGGGACUCAAAGUUACACCACUGGAGUCACGGGGGCAGCCCAUCAAACGCCGGCUACAACUGGCGGUGCCGCACUUGCUGCUGCUCAUCAAACGCCGUCUAUCCACCUCACUGCUGCUGGACAGACUGGCCAUGUGACUGAGGGCGUGGUUGGAUCGCAGCAGUAUCCUGUUGGGGCCAACACGGGCACCGGUAGAACCCCAGUCCAGGACACCAACACCAACGUUGGCGGUGGUGGUGGUGCCUACAGCUAAAUGCGCAUGGGACUUACGGAAGAUUGGCUGGCUUGUGCCCAGUAACUUACCAUGGUAUUUGUGUUUGGUUUUAUCACUUUAUUGUUUCUUGUUUGAAGUUUGACCUUGAAUAAAAGUUGGUUGAUGAUUUGUUCUAAACUUAAUCGGAUUAUAAAUAAAUAAAUUACUGGUAGGAGUUCUUGUGUUUUUUUUUUUUAACAAAUCCCAUUUUUAACACAGAAAUAGGGCAAUUUAGGUGAUCAAGAUUUUUCAGACAAUUCUUCUUUUGAAAUGCAGUAUUGAACAAAAUAUGUAUAUAUAUUUUUAUGUGUUUGGUCAAACGAAGUAUUGGUUUGUAA